AAGCAGAAUAGAAGUCUGUUGAAACUUACAGACUGUUUUCAAGAGACGAACACUUGUGCUAGCAUCACAUCCCGGUUUUCCCGCAUGGUUUGAACGGGGAAGGAUAUGCAGAAGGAGUCAGAUAUCUUCCGAAACUCGAACAGAAUACACACUAACACUGAGCCCUCGCACCACUGCGCUCAUAUACAAACUUUCAACUGCUCUUCGACUGUUACAGCAUUAUUACUGGAUGCACGGACACUGUGGACAUCGGACACUGUAUCAGCUCCGUGAACGGUGUGAUGAAGCCACGCCACGGCACUAAGCACGACUGAAGCGUGUGGUGCACCAGCUCUCCUCAGGACUACUAUCAGACUGAGUUUUCUUUAGCGACACGGUGGACUUGAGAGCGCACAGAGGCUCACACACACACACACACACACACACACACACAGAGACUGACUGGUGUAGCAAUGGUCCAGAAAACAAGCAGCACGGUGUUUGCUGGGGACUCGUCCGAUUCCGGCGCGCUGGAUCUGGACAUGGCUUCUUCCCCGACCCCCGGCUCCACGGCAUCCGGGGGUGACAAGCUUGACCCCGGCUGGUGCAAAACCCCCAGCGGUCACAUCAAGAGACCGAUGAACGCGUUCAUGGUGUGGUCGCAAAUCGAGAGGCGCAAGAUCAUGGAGCAGUCACCGGACAUGCACAACGCGGAGAUCUCCAAGAGACUCGGCAAGCGCUGGAAGCUCCUCAAAGACAGCGACAAGAUCCCGUUCAUCCGAGAGGCGGAGCGCCUGCGGCUCAAGCACAUGGCAGACUACCCCGACUACAAGUACCGGCCGAGAAAAAAGGUGAAGUCGAGCGGCUCCAAACCGAGCGAGAAGGGAGAGAAGCUCAGCUGCGCCAGUACCGGCUCGAAACCUGCCUCGAAGAAGAGCGGGAGCUCCAGGUCCACGAGCAAGCCGCACAGAAUAGUGUUGGGCAGUGCCAAGGCAGCGUUCGCCGAACAGGGACCGGCAGAUCACCACUCUCUCUACAAAUCCAAGUCCGCGUCGGCUUCCAAGCAGAUUCCCGACAAGAAGGCGAAGCGGGUGUACGUUUACGGAGGCAGCAGCGGCAUAAGCCCGUCUUCAGCAGCCGUGCCCGGCAGCCCGACCCUGAGCAGCUCCGUCGAGUCCAGCGACCCGCUGAGUCUGUACGAGGACGGCGCGAGCAGCGGCAAGGAGGGCGCAGAUUCCCCCAGCAGCGCGUCCUCGGACCGCCACCGGUACACCACCACACGGGCGUCUUCUCCCACCCCGUCCGCGUCACACUCCUCCUCCUCAUCGCAGUUCUCCUCUUCCUCCGACGAGGAGCUCGACGACGACAUGCUGGACGUUAACCCGAGCCCGGGCUUUGACAGCAUGUCCAUGGGAAGCAUCGGCUCGUCGGUGCUGGACAGAGACUUCGACAUGCACUUCGAGUCCGGGGCUUCUCAUUUCGAGUUCCCCGACUACUGCACGCCGGAGGUGAGCGAGAUGAUUUCUGGGGACUGGCUGGAGUCCACCAUUUCUAACUUGGUGUUCACGGCUCACGUGCUGAACUAGGGGAAGUGGAGGAAACACGCCUGAGGAGGAACACUGAGCAGAAGGGAUCACAGACAAGUGUGUUUGUUUGUAAAAUAAGCCACCGCGUGAAGGCUCUCGCCCGGCGACGCGCUGAAAAACAACGCUUCGAUGCUUCGGUGAAAUGCUGACAGGACGGAAAAGUGACGGCGCCCGUGAAACAUUUAGUCGCGAGAGGGCCGUGCUCGGCGCGAGACUAGAGGAAGACGUUCACGAGGACUGCUUGAGAAAACUGGAAAACUGUGAUUGAUUUGCACGUACACGAAGGCGGGCUUUGAUCGCCUGUUUAAUCAUUUUUACUUCAAAAGAGACCUUUAUGAACUCUAACCAUUCGCCUUGUGGACUUGAUUGUUUAAAGAGGUACUGAUAUUUAGGCUGAUUUUCAGCGCGGUGGAUUUAUUAACAAGGUGGGUUGACAAAAGUCAAGCCGUUUUUUAUACAAAGAAAAAGAAAAAAAGAGGAGCGCAUGUUAUCUGUCGUCUCUUGUGUAGAGCUUUCUGUCGAACGGUUAAACUAGCGUUAGGAUGAGUUACAUGGAUAGAUGGCGCUAUGUUUGAUUUACUUCUCGCAGGAAUAAAGAUCACCAGCUGUUUUCAUUCUUAUCUUCAGGAUUCAAACACAAACUCAAACCUGUGCUGAACUUUAUAUACUCUCUACAAUUCAGGACCAAACGCCUAAGUUCCCGAAGCUGUUUAAAAACUGUUAAUUUGGUCAUGGCUGUUCUUUUCUGUUCUUCAGAUGCCAUGUUUAUAUGGAUGUAUUUAUAUUGAAACAGUUCGUCUUAUUUUUGUGUUCUUGUGAGAACCCGCAUCUGUCUCCUUCUCCGAAGAAGGGCUAGAGUUUCACCUUUGUUUUUAUAUUUAAAUGUAGACUUUUGACACUUACAGAGAGGAAACGUUUGAUUAUUUUCUCAGUGUAUUUUUGUACAAAUAUAUAAAGGGGGGUGUCGAUCGGUGUUUUGGAUUUUCUAAUUUGAAGAGCCAGGUGGGUCUGAACCGACCUCCUGUUUCAUGUUUACAGUCUCAAUCUGCAGGCGUCACACACACACACACACACACACACGGGAACAAGACACAACACAGUUCAAGCCAACAUGUGCUUCGUUUUUACAUUUUCUCUGAUCGUGCCGAAUUAAACCGAUUGUAGCUUUAAACGAGCGAUUUUCUUGACGUUUUAUAUCUUGAGAAACCACUGGAUGGAAAAUCGUGACACAUUUGAGUUUCGCGACGAUUAUGAACUGCGUUCCUCAUUGUAUUUGAAUAUUUAAUCUUUUCUACUUGAUUGUUUUAGUAUCUUAAGGCAUGGUGAAUAGAUUUGUAUUUCCGAUUCAGGUUUAUAUCUGUUGUGUUAAAAAAAAUAAUACAAAAAAAAAUCAUCUUUGUACAGCUGUAUCAUAGGCUCAAAUAUUGUGUGUUUAUGUAGGCUGUGUUGUUGCGUUUUAUCUCGACAGGCACUAUCUUUAUACAUCCUUACUUAGCCUUUUCUUAAUUCCAAGAUGCUUGUUAAGGAUUUUUAUAUACAGUUGAAAUAUAUUAACUUUAUUUUCUUCCAUUCUGUGCAAUAUGCUGUGUAGAAAUCUUGUUUUGUCUAAUCAUGCCAACACAUGCCAGCUUAUCGUGUCAAGUCCCUGCCUGUCAGAUUGUUAUAUGCUCCUGUACAGAACUUUUUCAUAAAGGAAAUAAACUCAGCUGGAACUGAACCCUAAA